AUGCCUUUCGAUCCUUUCAAUAUUCACUCGAAUUCUCGUUCGUCUUCAUCGCAACAAAAUGCUUUACCGGGAAAUUCGACUUCGGGAGGUAUAUUACAAGCCGCAGCAAAUCUAGGUAGUUUUGGCAUGCCUUCAUUGUCUAGCUCUGCCACAGGACAUUCUGCACCACCACCAACGACGUAUGGUCUGCCCCAUCCAAAUUCUUCCAUGACGACCACUUCCAACAACACAUCAAUGAAUCAACAGUCUCAACAGUACGAAACACCAAGGCGAGCUCGACACGCCGACGAGCUGCAUUUAAAUAUGUCUGCGCAACGAGGUGCUUUAUCUCCAAAAGAUUACGGUGCAAGUGGUCCACGUAUGACUUUAGAGCAAGCCGCUCCCGAUUCAUCCCAAUAUUCAAAUGCAGCACCACUUCCAGGCACUCUACAACCAGGAAGACCAGGUGUGACUUCGACAAAUACAGCCCCUUCAAUGCCCACGAUAUCGCAAGAUCAAUAUUCAACACCAUCACGAUCCGCAGGUCUUUCGCACAAUUAUACACGAUCUAGCCCCGCGGCAGGAUUUGACAGUCAAGGUUUUGCAACAUUUCAAGCAACCACACCGGGUGGAUCUGAGCAAAAUACACAAAAAUAUACACCACAAGGCUCUCAACGAACUGUAUCCAAUACUCCCCUUGGGCUUGCAGAUAUUCGACCGCGUACCGACUCGACACUUCCCGAAGGCUUACCUGGGGCCAAUCCAUAUUCAUAUGAUGGUACCAGCGCAACACCCACCAACAGCAACUAUCUCGCGCCGUGGGCUUUAUAUGCAUUCGACUGGUGUAAAUGGCCAGCGCAAAACAACGAUGCCGGGAAGAUCGCAAUAGGAAGUUAUUUAGAAGACGGACACAACUUUAUUCAAAUACUUGAUUCCCAUAUCGUUCCCACCCAUUCUGAAUCCUAUGUACCUGGCGCUCCAAAAUAUGGACUUGAAUUUACCAAGGUUGCCGAAGCCACACAUUCAUAUCCUGUAACUCGACUCCUAUGGGAACCACCAUCAUCGCAAAAGCAAUCUACAGAUUUACUAGCCACUUCGGGUGACCAUUUGAGGUUGUGGUCGCUCCCAUCUGAGACUCCAGUCGCAUCGGCAAACAAUACUAUCGGAGGACGCACUUCUAAUUCCGGUCGAGACCUACCUCCUAGCAAACUUACACCAUUAGCCUUGCUGUCUAACUCGAAAACCCCCGAGCAUACUGCACCUUUGACCUCCUUGGAUUGGAACACUGUCUCGCCUAGUCUAAUUAUUACUUCAAGCAUAGAUACGACAUGCACCAUAUGGGAUAUUCCUACAUUGACUGCCAAGACACAACUGAUUGCACAUGACAAAGAAGUAUUUGAUGUCAGAUUUUGCGCAAACAGUGUGGAUGUUUUUGUUAGCUGUGGAGCUGAUGGGAGUGUGAGAAUGUUUGACCUCCGAAGUUUAGAGCACAGUACCAUCAUCUAUGAGCCAACUACAAAGGACGAUAAAGAUACGAGUCCUGGUGGUGGCAGGAUAAGUCCAACUUUAGCCCAGCAAACUAUGUCCUAUGCACCCCCUUUACUACGACUAGCAGCGUCGCCACAUGAUACCCAUCUCCUCGCUACGUUCUCACAAGAUUCCAACAUUAUUCGUAUCUUGGAUGUUAGACAACCUGGACAAGCACUCCUUGAGCUUCAGGGGCAUUCCUCAUCUAUAAACUGCAUAGAAUGGUCUCCAAACAGGAGAGGUACUCUUGCUUCUGGUGCUGAUGAUUCUUUGGUUCUUAUUUGGGACCUAUUGGGUCCAAACACAGCUCCUCCUGUUGGUCCUAGCAUGAAUGGUGCACCUGUAUCUGAUAAUUCUCGAGGACCUACUGCCAGUUGGCAAUGUGAUUACGAAGUGGGAAACAUUAGCUGGGCGCCUCGAAGCAACUUGAACAAUAAUGAGAACGGUGAUUGGCUCGGAGUAAGUGGAGGAAGGGGUAUCUGGGGUGUGAAACUGUGA